GCUUGGGGGCGGGCGUGCGGGGCGGGACCGCGCCGCGCGCCUGCGCUGUCGGGGUCGCCCCGGAAGUGCCCGCGGCUCCGGGUGUUCUGGGGACGCUGCGGUGGACCUGGUACUGACGUGCGGCGGCAGCGCUCGGCUGAUCCCUUCCCUGCUCAGACAUGGCGAAAGGCAGAUUCGCCGAGCGCACGCAGACGGAGCCGGGCAGCGCGGCGGGGACGCCGGGUCCCGCGAUACAGGCUCGUGGAGGCCGCCUGAAGGAAAUCGCCUGUGCAGAAGCUGGCUCAGCAAGGAUGUCACUCCUUAUAUUGGUGUCUAUUUUUUUAUCUGCAGCUUUUGUUAUGUUUUUGGUAUAUAAAAACUUUCCUCAGCUAAAUGAAGAAGAAAGAAUGAAUAUGAAGGUUCCCCGAGAUAUGGAUGAUGCCAAGGCUCUAGGAAAAGUUUUAUCCAAAUAUAAGGACACCUUUUAUGUACAAGUACUUGUAGCUUAUUUUGCUACAUAUAUUUUCUUGCAAACAUUUGCUAUUCCUGGCUCCAUCUUCCUCAGUAUUCUCUCAGGGUUCCUUUAUCCCUUUCCUCUAGCCUUAUUUCUUGUCUGUUUGUGUUCUGGACUUGGUGCCUCAUUCUGCUAUAUGCUCUCCUAUUUAGUUGGGAGACCAGUUGUAUACAAAUACCUAACAGAGAAAGCAGUUAAAUGGUCACAGCAGGUUGAGCGCCAUAGAGAACAUCUCAUUAACUACAUUAUAUUUUUGAGGAUAACACCAUUUCUGCCUAAUUGGUUUAUUAAUAUUACAUCUCCUGUGAUAAAUGUGCCAUUGAAAGUUUUUUUUAUUGGCACUUUUCUAGGUGUUGCACCUCCUUCUUUUGUCGCAAUUAAGGCAGGAACAACACUAUACCAACUUACAACAGCAGGGGAAGCUGUUUCCUGGAAUUCAGUAUUUGUCCUAAUGAUUUUGGCUGUUCUUUCUAUUCUGCCAGCCAUCUUCCAAAAAAAACUAAAGCAGAAAUUUGAGUAAAAAGUCUUCUGGAUCUUAGUUUUCCUGUCGUCAUCAUCACUACUCAACACCAUCAUCUCAGGAUCGGCAGGUUUAAGUGUUAAAAACACCUCUUCAGAAACGGAACCAAGGAUUUUGUAGUGGAAUGUUUCUUAUCAGACAGUUAAUAGAGUGUUAAGUAACAAGGGACAGAAGGAAAUAAAAAAUGAAAGUUGUUUUACUAUGAAAAGUGUUUAGUAGUUAUGAUAAGAUAUCUUUUAAAUUAAUAUUCCAAGAAUAGAUAGUAGCAGUGUAGUACGAAAUGCUUGAUUAAAUCGAUCAUAUCAGUAUAUAGUUUGAAUCCUGGUUAUAUGUGCUUUUCCUUAAUAAUAUUUUUUCUCUUUUUAUCCCCUAUUAGUAACUAAAAAUGAAUAUGAAUAUAUAUAUAUGAGUCGAGGUUUAAAAAAUAGUAUUGCAGUUCUGGCUAGUGUUAGCCUUUUUCAGAGCAUAAACUUGAAAAUUAAAACAAUAGAUUUACAUUUUCUUGUUUUACCUUUGAGGCAGGGAAUUUGUUUAGAGAUUGUUUCUUAGUGGACUGUUGAAUUUGGAAAGGAUAUCAAGUUAUAUAUAUUUUUUGUGAAUUUUUCUAUUCUAUAUUAUCAUGGAUUAGUCUGAAAUUUGAAUUCUGACCAGUCUUAUCUUUUCCUCCCCAGCUUUCAAGAAUUUUCACUGUGCAUGUAUGUAUUGGUGAUUACAUAAUUGUGUCAUGGUAUUUAUAAUUUAUAUUCAGAUGAUAAUUUACAGCAGUUUCCUAAAGAAAACAUUCAGACUAUGCAGUUUUUUAAAGCUUUUUUUUUUACUUUAAAAAAUAUUUAGUUAUUCCCUUUUGUUGCCCUUGUUGUUUUAUUGUUGUAGUUAUUAUUGUUACUUUGAUGUCAUUAUUGUUGGAUAGGACAGAGAGAAAUUGAGAGAGAAAGGGAGACAGAGGGGGAGAGAAAGAUAGACACCUGCAGACCUGCUUCACUGCUUGUGAAGUGACUCCCUUGCAGGUGGGGACCCAGGGGCUCGAAGUGUGAUGCUUGUGCCAGUCCUUGCGCUUUGCACCACCUGCACUUCCUGCUGCACUACUGCCUGACUCCCAGUAUGCAGCUUUUAGAUGUUAGAUUAUAUUAUAAUUUAAAACAUAAGCAAUGGUGUUGCAAUACUUCUUAUGUGGUUAAAUAGUUUGUUCCAAUGAUUGUAAAAUUGACCUGAUUUAUUUGUCAUUAAAUUUAUGUUAAAUUAUCCCUUUAUGCAUGAUACAGUUAUAAGAAUGCCUUGUUUUAUUUCUAUUGAUGACUUUCUUGUUUGAGUUGUUUUUAAUUAAUGCAGUGCCCCAGUUUACUGUUUUCUCACAUGGUAACUACUUUAUUUAAACACUCGUAGAAAAACUAGUUAACUUUUUUUUUGCUUGCCUAAUGGUAAUGCCCUUGAUUCUACAACAUGCCUGAUCUACUGUAAAAUACUCUUGUCAGUUGUAUCUUCAACCGAGACUGUCAUGUUGACACGUACUUUAGUUGUGAGAGAAAUACCUGUAUGUCUUGAAUUGUGAGAGGUAUGAUCGAUCUCAGUCUGCUUCUACUACAUGAUGUGUACUAAUUAUUUUUUUUCUAGCACAGUAUUAACAGAUGGAUUUAUUGUAAAUACAAGGAGAAUAUAUUGAUUAAUAUACUAUUCUUAUGGUUACCUAGCCUUUUGUGUGAAAUUAUUUAUUGUUAUGUCACGCAAGGUUUUCUUCCUUUCUCAUUGACCAGAGACUAAGUGAUAAAAACUUUAGUUAUUUUUACAAAUUAACUUACUUACUUACUUUUGGACAAUAGCCAUUAAAUAUUACUGUAUUAAAUAUAAUUGAGUACAUUUUUAUCAGACUUGUAACAAUAAAAGGGUUUAAAUCAAGAGAAGCUUCACUAUUUUCUCCAGUGUGUAUGUAUCAUACUCUAUUCUCAAGAGUAUUUUUUUACUCAUCAUUGAUCCUUUUCCUUUGCUGUUUUUGUUGUUGUUGUUGGAAAAUUUUUAGCUACCAUUGAAGAUGCAUUUUAACAAGAGAAUAACCAGUGUGACUCACUACCAGUAACUAUCAAGAAAAAAAAGUAUAACAGGCUGUACCAUUAAUAAUAUUGAUUGCCUAUAUUCAAGAAUUCAAAGAUGACCUCAUAGAAGCUUCAGCCAUAUCUGGAAGUAAGUUCUUCAAGAUAGCAAGUGUAUGUGAGUGGACAAGCCAGCAAGUUAACUGGAAAAUUGACACCAAGUGAGACUGUUCUCUUAGACUGCCUUCAUAGUUUUAUUACUUUGAGUAUAGCAAAGUAAAAUGUUGUGAGAAUAAAUUAUACGGAAAACCAA